AUGUCUACCGGCAUCCUUCCCGUUGUCGAGAACGUCGACGAAAAGCAUGAUGACAGUCACCUUGAGUCAGCUGAAAUCAAGGCCGACGAUGUCAUCCUGGGUGACGACCUCACCAGCAAAGUCCCGCACAGCGCGGGUCUGGCCGUCAUCGAACAGCGACGAGCCAUUCCGCUCGCCGGAAAAAGACAGGUGGCAACGAAGUGGGAGUAUUGGACGUUUGUCCUCUUCUUCCUGAACUCAAAUGCAUCUCCCAUAGGUGGGCCAGGAGGGAAUAUUAGACAGGCCACACUCACACUGUCCCAUCCUGAUGGCUUCAUGAAUUGGGCUGGCGCUCGACAGCCAGUCAACACCGUGCUCCUCGAUAUCUCUGGUAUCCUCACUGCUGUUACGGUGGUGGUGAUGUUCGUGCUUGGACCAUAUGCCGAUUAUGGGAACUGGCGUCCAUGGAUCAUGAUUGGGGCAGAGGUGAUUACUUGGGGCUGCGAAUUUGGCAUGAUGUCGAUCAAGGACGUAUCCCAGUGGCAGACAGCAAAUGUGCUUUGGGCACUUGGCGGGAUUGCCUUGACGAUCGUCGGCGCCUUUUAUCAGGCGACUUAUCCUUCAAUGGUUCGAGACCUCCCGAAGAUGAUACAAUCUGAAGAAGACGUUUUGCACGGGUUGAAGUCACCAGAGGAACACGAAAAGCUCGAUGCAUAUGAGAGGGCGAAGAUCUUCAACUGGUGCAACAUUUGGGGGUCCUUUGGCUCUGUGGUCGUUUUCGGGAUCGGCAUCGCAGUCUCAAAAGCUGUCGGGUUCGCCGAUACCAGCGCCUUGCUGCAUGCUUAUCGCGUCUUAAUGGCUUAUUACACACCGAUCGCCAUUCUGGUGACUGUCCCGUACUUCAUCUGUAUGAAGUGGCGCCCCGCUCAGCAGGUCCCAUCCGGUUACUCCAUGUGGACUGUCGGACCAAGGCAGGUCAUUUACGCGGGGAAAAGCAUCGUACAGCUCAAACAAUGCCUCUUGUACCUGUGUGCCUACGUUUUUCUCUUCGAAGCUAUCGGCGCGUUUCUGAGCAUUUAUUUCAUCCUCCAACUGGAGACGAUACACUACAAUCCUGUAAUCAGCACGGCGUUUAAUCUCGUUGGCGACCUGUGCGGCGGCGCGGGGUGCGCCGUGAUCUUAUACCUGCACCGCCGUUACGAUUGGAAGGUCAAGUGGAUCAUGUUCGUUAGCGCAAUUUUCAGUCUGUUCCCAUGCCUGUGGGGCGCCCUGGGCUCAUUCACGCACAAGAUCGGUUUUCACAAUGUGUGGGAAUUCUGGUUUAUGCAAGUUUGGAAUCUCGUUACUUCGGCCUGCUCCUCUUACAAUGUGACUAUGAUCUCUGAGGUUGCUCCCGCCACAAAGCUCUUCAUGUUCUAUUCCCUGUUCAAUACCAUUUCCAAGAGUACGGGGUUCGCGGGGCCCUUCAUCACCGCUGCAAUCAUCAAGCAAUCGCACGGAAACAACAAUUACGCCUUUUGGUUCCUGGUCGGCCUGGGUAUCAUCGCCAUUGUCUUGUUGUACUUUGUUGACACUGACAAGGCCAAGAUUGACUGCGCAGUCUGUGAGUGUGGCAGAGCCGGAUACCGGAUAUCGCUGAGAGUUUAG